GAUAGUUUAGCUUAUGAACUUCUGCUUCUGCUUUAUGUAUAAAACAGUGUUGAUCAGGGCUGGUGGUCAGAAGCCUUAUUCAUUUCACUCGCUUAGUGUUUUUGUAUUUUGCUCUUUUCACUUUAAUUUCUUUGGAUCCUGAUCUAUUUCAUGAUUUUGAUUUUUUUGCCAAAAGAAAAUAAACUAACUAAAACACAGAAACCAUUUUUAAUAUUUUGAAAUUCAUCCUUCCAGAAACUCUUCAUAUAACUUCAGUAAAGAAAUCACCUGUGGACCCGCCCAUCCUUCCUUUUUUUCCAUCUUAUUCCUAAUUUGCUCAGAAACUCUUCAAAGACCCCAGGACUAAAUACUAAAGGUGGUAACAAUGACCAUGUGGACGUUCCUGCUUGUGCUGUUUGGAGAGUCUGUCUCAGCUGCAAAGAUUUACAGAUCCCAGACUGACACUCCACUCCCAUUGGACAUGGCUCCAAACUCUGUCGAUGACAUGUACGAAGGCUGCGCAAACAAGAUGGCGGCCAAAGUAAAGACAGAGUUUUUGGUCAACGAGAAAAAGAUGAGCAAAAAUUUUAGCCUGGCUUGGGACGAAGCGGAAAAACGGUACAAUAAGAAAUGGAAGCCCAGGGGUGGGAAGAAAAAAUCCCAAGUCCUGGAGAAGGAACAAAACAUGGCCGUCUAUGCUUACACUCUGGACAAACCAGAAAUAUUCACUGAAUUCAACAGCGUGGUGAGAACGCAGAGGGCUCAGUACGCUGGCACGUUUCAGUAUCACUCCCUGCACUUCUUUCUGACGGGCGCUCUCAGAGCCCUCAACACCAGGAAGCCAAAGACAGAAAGAUGCCUUAAUGGUUACCGGAGAGUCAACAGAAAAUUCGACCUGAACGUUCUCAGCAAAGAAAUCCGCUUUGGUGCUUUCACCUCGAGCUCGAUGGGAACGUAUCCCCGCGAAGAAAAAUUUGGCUACGAGACCUGUUUCGAGAUUUACACCUGCUUAGGAGCAGACAUCUCACUGUACUCCAAGUUUGGAGAGUCAGAGGGAGAAGUCCUGGUUCCUCCAUAUGAAAUCUUUAACGUUACAGACAUAAAGCAGAAAUCUGAGAACGAGGACCUUCCAUGUAAAGUUGUGUUGAAACUGAAGAGCACAGAAAAGGCUCUGUCCAACCUAAACUGUACGCUUUUCACGGAUAAUUGAUCCAAAUAAAUCUUUAAAAAUUAUUUCCAAUUUUAGUGACACAUAAGAGCAAAUUACAUUUAUUUUGACAUGCAUUUCCGUUUUAUUACUACUGUAUUAUCAAAAAAAUAUGCAUAGUUUCACCAUCAUAAACAUAAAGACCAUUUAAUAAAAUAAGGUCAAACAUAGCUUUAGAUGUAUUUUUGCUUUUAACUGAUGUUUAAAAGUGUAAAAGAAAAAAAAAAAAACUAUGCCAAAUGAGCACUUUCGACUGCAAACUGAAAGUAUUUGUAUACAUUUCAUAUCUGUUCUUCUUCACAUCCUCCUGUAAAAUGCAUCAUUCGAUACAAAUAAAUCUG